AGUCUCUCUGGGCUGAUCCUCUCUCCACCCACCCACCCCCACCCGGCCGUCUAUGCUCCAGGCCUUCUCUUUGCGGUGCCGGUGAACCCGCGAGCCGCCCAGAUGUACAGCAUGAUGAUGGAGACCGAUCUGCACUCGCCCGGCGGCGCCCAGGCGCCCACGAACCUCACGGGCCCGGCCGGGGCGGGCGGGGGCGGUGGUGGGGGCGGGGGUGGCGGCGGCGGCGGGGGCACCAAGGCCAACCAGGAUCGGGUCAAGCGGCCCAUGAACGCCUUCAUGGUGUGGUCCCGCGGACAGAGACGCAAGAUGGCCCAGGAGAACCCCAAGAUGCACAACUCGGAAAUCAGCAAGCGCCUGGGGGCCGAAUGGAAGGUCAUGUCCGAGGCUGAGAAAAGGCCGUUCAUCGACGAGGCCAAGCGACUGCGCGCGUUGCACAUGAAGGAGCACCCGGAUUACAAGUACCGGCCGCGCCGUAAGACCAAGACGUUGCUCAAGAAGGACAAGUACUCGCUGGCCGGUGGGCUGCUGGCGGCCGGCGCAGGUGGCGGUGGUGCGGCCGUGGCCAUGGGCGUGGGCGUGGGCGUCGGGGCGGCGGCCGUGGGCCAGCGCCUGGAGAGCCCUGGUGGCGCGGCGGGAGGCGGCUACGCGCACGUCAACGGCUGGGCAAACGGCGCCUACCCCGGCUCGGUAGCCGCGGCAGCCGCGGCCGCAGCCAUGAUGCAGGAGGCACAGCUAGCCUACGGGCAGCACCCCGGCGCGGGCGGCGCGCACCCGCACGCGCACCCGGCGCAUCCUCACCCGCACCAUCCUCACGCGCAUCCUCACAACCCGCAGCCCAUGCACCGCUACGACAUGGGCGCACUGCAGUACAGCCCCAUCUCCAACUCUCAGGGCUACAUGAGCGCGUCGCCUUCGGGCUACGGCGGCAUCCCCUACGGCGCCGCAGCCGCCGCCGCCGCAGCUGCUGGCGGCGCGCACCAGAACUCGGCUGUGGCGGCCGCGGCGGCUGCAGCGGCAGCAUCCUCGGGUGCCCUAGGCGCCCUGGGCUCGCUAGUCAAGUCAGAGCCCAGCGGCAGUCCGCCGGCCCCCGCGCACUCGCGGGCGCCGUGCCCGGGGGACCUCCGCGAGAUGAUCAGCAUGUACCUGCCCGCUGGGGAGGGUGGCGACCCGGCGGCGGCAGCGGCUGCCGCGGCCCAAAGCCGGCUGCACUCGCUGCCACAGCACUACCAAGGCGCGGGCGCGGGCGUCAACGGCACGGUGCCCCUGACGCAUAUCUAGCGCUCCGGGGACGCCGGGGACACUGUGGCUCGAGGCUGCCAACCCGGCGACGACGAGCGUGAGACCUGCGCCAGAACCUCCAGAGCUCUACUUUGUACAGACGUCUUCACGUUCUUGUAAAAAAAGACGG